GGGGGAUAGUGCUAUACACAAGACGUGAGGAGGACUGGAACGAUAGGGUUUCACUUGUGAGACAUGAAAAACAUUAUGAAAGUGCAUAGUCCUGGGGAGCUUGAGACGUACUGAGACUGGGUUGACAAGGGAGUCUAUUUCAAACGGUCCGAUAAAGGUGGGGGAGAGCUUUUGCGACUCGGAUCUGAGUAGCACGAAUCUAGUUGAGAGCCAAACCUUUUGUCCAGGAGUGUACACCGGGGCUGGGGUCCUGUGGCGAUCCGCUAGCCAUUUGUUUGCUGCUGAACAGAGGGCACAAAGUGCUCACCUUCGAAAGCUGGGAACAGGAGGGGUUGAUACCCCAGGGAGGCCUCUAAAGGAGAAACUCCAGUCGCCGACGAGGUGAAGCUGUUGUGAGCGUACUCUACCCAUGUCAGCUGCUUACUCCAAGUGGUCUGGUGAGUGGACACCGCGGAACUCAAAGCAGCGGAGGGCUGCUUUGAGUUCUUGAUUGGCUUGCUCUGCCUGGCUGUUAGUCUGUGGGUGAAAACCUGACGAGAGACUGAUCUGGGCUCCUAGGGCGGUGCAGAACUCCCUCCAAACCCGUGAGGUGAACUGUGGACCCCUGUCGGAGACUAUUUCAGCUGAGAUCCCGUGGAGACGAAACACAUGGGUUGUCAGGAGCCGGGCAGUUUCCAGGGCGGUAGGGAGCUACAAAGUGGGCGGCUUUAGAGAAGUGAUCGAUUAUAGUAAGAAUGACCGUGUUACCUGAUGAAGGCGGAAGACCAGUGACGAAGUCGACCACAAUGUGAGACCACGGGCGGCUUGGCGUAGGUAGGGGAUGAAGGAGACCGGUGGCAGGCUUGUUGACUGUCUUAUUCUGGGCGCAGGUUGGGCAGGCGGCAAUGUAUUCCCGGGCGUCUUUGGCAAGAGUUGGCCACCAGGCGAACCGCUGAAUGAAGGUGCAGUACCCGUGACCGAACAGACGUGGGAACAAAGAGUAAUCCAGGGGGCCCGUAUUAGGAGAGUACGGUAUUCUGCUGUUUCAGCUCCUGUGACUGAGAGACUGAUUUAUAUUUCUCAGGAGAGGAAGUGCCCAUGGUUCAACGGUAAAACUGGUAUAGGUAUUGCCGAAUGGGUGGAAGAGGUGCAGGCCUUUUUGAGGGUAUGACAUCUUUCACCAGCCGACAAAGCCCUUUUCAUCUAUGAUCAUCUAGAAGGCGAGCCCAGAGAAGAGAUUAAAUAUCGGCUUCCAGAGGAGAAAGACGAUCCCGAAAAGAUUUUGACUAUUUUACAGGAACUGUUUGGGUGUACUAAGUCAUAUGUCUCUCUGCAGGAAGAGUUCUUUUCAAGACGACAGCAGGAGGGAGAAACAUUGCAAGAGUUUUCGCAUGCUCUUAUGUGCCUCACGGAUAGAGUUGUGAAACAGUCCCCUCAUGUUCUGCUGAACAAAGAUGUGUUGCUUAGAGACCAAUUUGUUGAAAAUGUGCUUGAUUGUUUCUUACGCAGAGAAUUAAAACAGUAUGUCCGCGGCUACCCUACUGCCACCUUGAUGGAUGUUUGUCGUGAGACUAUAGUAUGGGAGUGUGGAGGUAUGCCGGGGGCGGGAGGGAUAGAAGUUACUCGGUUCCCCUGGUGCUAGGCUUUCAGCACACUGUCCAGGAGGUCCCUUUUAGAGGUAGUCCGGCAGGUAUUGCACCCUAUGAAUCUGAAAUACAGGAGUUAAAAGAGAUUCUUAAAAGUCAGCAAGAGCAGUUGAAUCAGCUCGCAAGGAGUCUUGCUGCUUUGAAUAGUGCUUCCAAACCAUAUCCUGCCUCACGUAACAAGGCUGUCAUUUGCAGAUGGUGCCAGAAGGUUGGGCAUUUUGCCAGAGAGUGCCCUGGGAAACUUCCACUCCCUGAACCAUUGAGCCGAGGUUCAGGUGGGGGCAUCCUAGGCUCAGAAUCUGUACUACCUGACCCGUUGCCGCCGGUUAUUGGUAGGAAACCAGUAACCCCCGCUGUUAAAGCCAUUACUUCGGUCUUCCCUGGGUAUGCAUUGUCUGACCUUCGUAUGUUGCAGGAGACUGACCCCAUGAUCCGGGAGUUUCUGCAAUUUUGGAGGCGGAUGCGGGGCCCUGAUGCCAAGGAGCGUGGUCGCACUUCAAGGCUGGCCCUCGGGUUGGUCAGGCAAUGGAGUAGGUAGGUUAGUGGAGCGGGAUGGCGUGUUAUAUCGGAAGGUCUGUCAUCCAAGGAGAGGAGAGACACUGCAGGUAUUGCUGCCCAAGUCCCUUCAGGGUCAGGUUUUGCAGCAAGUGCGCCAGGAGCAUGGUUAUCAGGGUGUUGGGAGCACAGUAGAUGUGGUUUCUCAAUGGUGCUACUGGGUAGGGAUGUACCCAGUAGGAGACAUCCAACGGUGGUGCCAGAAGUGUGAGCGAUGCCAGUCGGCUAAAGAUGCACAAACCCAUCUUAAUGUGUGUGGGGGGCCAUUUGCCUGCAUCCCAACUGAAGCAAAUCCCUGUAGCUGAUUGGCGUAAGACACGCCACGACCAGCAAGCAAAGGAUGCUCCCCUGCGGGAAGGUCAGCUGGUUUAUCUGAAGAAAGUUGGGCUCAGAGGUCGUGAUAAAAUUAAGGGUGCUUCGAGUUCAGUGGUGUAUAAAGUGCUUAAGGUCCCUGACCAAAAUGGGUCCGUGUACACUACUGCCCCUGUAGAGGAACCUAUGCAAGGUGGCGAGUGGUUUUUAUUGGUUUCUGAACCUACUCCUGCCCCAAGCAAUUGCCACCCAAGACCAGAGACUCCUAGCCCUCGUAGACCAGACGAGCUAGAACCCUAAACGUCCCCUGUGGUGUCGGCUUGCACUGAUCAGCUGCCAGUUAUGGCUAGU